AUGGUCUGUUUGCUCAGAUGGACUGCUUUCCUUUGGACUUUGAAUUCCAUUCCUUGCACGUUUGGAAUGGCAUUGAGUGAACAAACAGAUGGCUCAUGUCCCCCUCUGAGUGUAGAGGAACACAGGUUUUCUGAUAUUUUAGAUCGUCCCCUGGAAAUUACAGGAUUUGAUCUCACAGAGAAGUUUCUGCUCCGAAAGGGAACAAUCACAGAAUACCUGCCGUCAUUUCGUUUAGGAAGCAGUCCACUUAUUAAGCCAACGAAAUCAGUGUUUCCAAAUGGGCUUUCAAGUGAAUACUCCCUUGUCUCCAUCUUCCGAGUAAGAAGAACAACAAAAAAAGACCGCUGGUAUCUUUUUCAGAUAUUCGACCAGUCGGGAGGCAGUCAGGUAUCUGUUGUGGUUGAUGGUGGCAAGAAGGCGGUGGAGUUUUCCUCCCAGGGUCUGGCAAAGAACACUCCCUGCUGCACAUUUAAGAAAAAUGACCUACAUCCCCUUUUUGAUCGCCAGUGGCACAAGCUGAGCAUUUCUGUGCAGAGUAACAUGGUCUCCAUCUACAUGGACUGCAAGCUGAUAGAAAGGAGACGGACUGAUGAGAAGGACACCAUUGACCUCAGCGGGCGCACUCUCAUCACUACACGAGUGGAAGAUGGACGGCCUGUAGAUAUCGAGCUGAGACAAAUUCUAAUCUACUGUGACCCUUAUAUAGCUGAGUUGGAAAAUUGCUGUGAGCUACUGGAACCAAAGUGUGAAGCCAAGAAGACAUUUAAUGGGACUUCCCCUCCCCUGGUUACAGAGCAGCUCCCCCAGAUGCUGUCUCAGCCGGUCUCGCAGUCAAUUGACAGAUGUCACUGUCCAGCUGAAAAGGGAGAUGCUGGACUUCCAGAGGUAGUUGGAGUGCCAGGACAAAAAGGGGAUAAAGGAGACAAGGGGGACACAGGGGACGCCGGGCCUCAGGGAAACCAAGGACAUAAGGUCGGAUACUCACCACUGAAACAAGUUAAAAACCUAACAUUCCCACAGGAGAACUUGGAUCAGAAGGGCAAAAGGGAAUCGAUGGGGAGAAGGGUCUCAAAGGUGACCCAGGGCCAGUUGGUCCAGUUGGUCCCAAGGGAGACAAAGGUGAAGUGGGUAAGCCUGGAGCUGCGGUGCUGCCUGUUGACAAAUGUCCCAAAGGAGAUCAGGGCCCUCGAGGUGACAAAGGAGAUAAGGGAUUGGCUGGGGUGCCAGGUCAGCCAGGGGAACCAGGCAAAGAGGGCAAAAGGGGACGGAGAGGAAAGACUGGGGAGCCUGGACCCAGAGGCCUGCCUGUAA